AUGAAAUAUCUUUUCUUAUUUAUCGUUCUUGUUUGUAUCGUCCAUGGCCUGACAGUUCACGCAUCUCCUCUAGCUGAAUCUAAUCGCCUCAUGAAACGCUGUAAAACUAAUGAUGAUUGCCACGGUGAUGAAUGUACUCCAGAAGGAACAUGUGCGACAGCUCAUAUUGAUUGUUGCUGGAUGCCUCCUAUUUAUUGUUGUGGAGGUUGA